UAGUACUAUAUAUAGGGGUCAUUACAUGGCUAAAGAUGAUAAAGAAAACCAAGAGUUUUGGUGUUUCACUAAUUGUGAGUGGUUAUUUCUGAAAAUGAUGAGCGGAGAAAUGUUGUUUAAACAUUUCAAAGUGUUGGUGGUUGUGGUUUUUUUACUAAUAUUUUGCUUGAAAAUGAAACCAGCUCUUGGAUUAUUCAGUAAUUCAAGUGUUGGUAAAGCAGUGAGGUGCAUAGAGAGGGAGAGACGAGCUCUCCUUGAGUUUAAAGAAGGGCUCAUUGAUGAUUAUGGCAUUCUCUCUUCUUGGGGGAACUCAACUGAAGACUGCUGCAAAUGGAGAGGAGUCCGAUGUAGCAACCGCACUGGUCACGUGACUGUGCUUGGCUGGGAUAAAAACCUCGAUCAGCGUUUGGGAGGUAAGAUUAGUCCUUCAUUGCUUGAAUUGCAGCAUUUGAGGUAUUUGGACCUCAGUUUCAAUGAUUUUACAGGGAGCCAUAUCCCAGAAUUCAUUGGUUCCUUUAGCAGUCUACAAUACCUCGAUCUUUCAGAUAAUUAUUUUGUGGGUACGGUUCCUAAUCAGUUUGGGAAUCUUUCCCAAUUGCGUGCUCUUGAUUUGGGGUCUAAUUAUGAAGUGAGUGUAAAAAGUUUAGAGUGGGUUUCUCAUCUUUCUUUAUUAAGAUACCUUGAUCUGACCCAGGUUAAUCUGAGCAAUGCAAUAGAUUGGAUGGAAGCAACCAAUAAGCUCCCUCUCCUAACGGAAUUGCACUUGAGUGGAUGUGAUCUCCAUGGUAUCAUUUCACCCCAACUUCCAUUGAUAAAUUCUUCUAAAUUGUCUCUUGUUGUCCUUGAGCUAUCCCACAAUUCUUUCAAUUCUUCAAUAUACAGUUGGUUGUUCAAUUUCAAUACAAGUCUUGUUCAUGUAGACCUUUCUCAUAACAAUUUACAAGGUCCAAUCCCUGAUUCCUUCGGAAACUUCAAUUCCCUUGCCUAUCUUGAUCUCUCUUCCAAUCAACUUGAAGGUGGGAUUACAAAAUCCAUUGGGAACUGUACUAGUUUACAAACAUUGAAUUUGGGUUCGAAUCAACUUGGUGGUUCAGUGCCUCACAGUAUCACAAGACUUUCGUCUUUGAAGGAAUUGUAUCUGGAUGGUAAUCAAUUGAGUGGGUCUUUACCAGAUUUAAAAGGAUUAUCUUCAUUAAGAGAGUUGUAUCUUUGGAACAAUAGCUUGACUGGACCACUACCCAGAAGUAUUGGGCAACUUCUCAUGCUUGAACUUUUGGACAUUUCUUCAAAUUCUUUACAAGGUACAAUCUCCGAAACCCACCUCUCAAAUCUCAAAUACUUAAAGUAUUUGGACUUGACUCUUAACUCCCCAUCUUUAGACUUCAGUUCUGAUUGGAAUCCUCCUUUUCAACUCGAUGUCAUAAGGUUGCGGUCUUGCCGGUUGGGCCCUCGUUUCCCAAACUGGCUUCUAACUCAAAACAAUUACUCUGAGCUUGAUAUCUCUAAUUCUGGAAUUUCAGAUAUUGUCCCUAGGGAGUUUUGGAAUUUAUCUCCUAAACUGUCUUACAUAAAUCUCUCUUCCAACCACAUGAAUGGCAUGGUGCCUGAUUUGACAUCAUUGAAGACAUUUUUUUAUCCUAUAAUAGAUUUGAGCAAUAAUCGUUUUGAGUGUCCAAUGCCACUAUUUCCUCCCAACAUCACACUUUUGAAUCUCUCUAAAAAUAUGUUUUCUGGGUCAGUUUCUUUCUUAUGCAACAUAACCAAUGAGUUUCUCAGCUUUCUUGACCUCUCAGAUAAUCGAUUAUCAGGGGAGCUUCCUGAUUGCUGGAUGCAUAUGGAUGGAUUAGCCGUCCUUAAUUUGGCUAACAAUAAUUUCUCAGGAAAAAUUCCUAACUCUAUGGGUUUCCUCUAUCAAAUUCAAACAUUGCACUUGCGCAAUAACAAUUUCAUUGGAGAAUUUCCUUCAUCAUUGAAGAAUUGUAGUGAUUUGAAGAUCAUUGAUAUGGGAGAAAAUAAAUUAUCAGGAAAAAUACCAGCAUGGAUAGGGACAAUCUUCACAAGUUUAAUUGUUCUUAGUCUGCGAUUGAAUAAGUUGCAUGGACAAAUACCUCUAGAAAUAUGCCAUCUAAACUCUAUUCAAAUCUUGGACCUCUCCCAAAACAAUAUAUCUGGGAUUAUACCGCCAUGCUUCAAUAAUUUUACUUCUUUGGUUUGGCGGGAUAAAUCUAAAGGAAACAUUGUUCAUGACUAUAUUACUGAUACAGGUUCUUAUGUUGAUGGCAAUGUGUAUGUAGACAAUGCAUUGGUGCUAUGGAAAGGGAAAGAGAGUGAGUUCAAAAGUAAUCUAGGACUGAUGGGAGGCAUUGAUCUUUCUGGCAAUAGAUUAGUUGGAAAAAUUCCUGAAGAAUUCUCGAGUCUUACAGAAUUGAAUUAUUUGAACCUAUCGAGAAAUGAAUUGAAUGGAUAUGUCAUUCAAAAUAUUGGUGAGUUAAAAAUGCUAGAAUCUCUCGACUUGUCCAGAAAUCAUAUUUCUGGUGAGAUUCCUACAAGCAUAACUCGUUUAGAUUUUCUUGCUGUCUUGGAUUUGUCAAAUAACAACCUGUCUGGGAAAAUUCCAUCAAGCACUCAAUUGCAGAGCUUUGAUGCCUCUGCAUAUUCUGGAAAUGAUGAACUUUGUGGGCUUCCACUUCCAAAUAAGUGCCCAGGAGAUGAAACAACUCUGGAACCAUCUGUCGGUAAAGAUGAUAUCAUUCAAGGAAAUGAGGAUGGGUUCCUAAACCGAGAAUUUUAUGUCAGCUUGGGGCUAGGCUUUGGGGUUGGAUUUGGUGGAGUCUUUGGCACUUUAUUGCUCAAACGUUCAUGGCAACAUGUCGUUUUCAAGUUCUUGAACAACAUAAAAGACUGGAUCUAUGUGACAAUAGCAGUAAAAAUGUCCAAAUUGAGGAGGAGGCCUCAAAGCUAAUAGCAGUGACUAUGACCAGAGUGUGGAGGUAGCUUCAUAGCUAAUAGUGACAACUUCGAGUUUUGCAUACCCUCCAAUGCUGCAGCUGUCUCCUAGGCCUCUCUAUUUCUUGAAGAAUAUAUUGUAGAACUAUUCUCUACAUUACUUGUACUAGAUUUAGUUAGUGUUGAUUGAAGCACAACCAUAUGGUGUUGGACUAUUUAUAUUAGGAAUGGUUGUGGCCUGGGCAAUCCAAAAUAAAUAUAUUACAUUGUUUGUUGUCUAAUAUUUGCUUUCAAAUGUACCAUUGAAAAUAGGGUUUCUUGAAUAUUAUUAUUAAUAAAGCCUCUUUUCUAGAUGUAA